GUCUAAACGCCUCCCCAGUUGAUCCCAACUCUCUUGCACACACGCCAUAGUAGUGUAGAGUGCAAGAAUGUAUGUAAUUGUGUGGGGUUGAUUUAAAUAAGCCCAUUCAGCACCUUUUAUCGUCUUAACGCCUGCGGGUUAAGAAGACUGCGAGGAAUAGACAGACGCAUCCUUAAGCCGCGCCAGCAGCUUUACGCCGCAUUUUCUUUCCAGAUCCAAAAGCCUUUCUACAAAAAAGGAAUAUCUGCUGCUUUUUAAAGGGGAAAGUAAAAGAGUAAUCUAAACUUUUUGCAAGGAUAUUUUUGCUGCGUUUUUCUGGCAGGACAACGACGCGACGACGUAACAAGCUGUGGUAGCUUUUUUUUUGUUUUCUUUUUUUCCCCAAAAUUAUUAUUUCGCCAUUCAACACUUUUUUCUCCAACUACCGAAAAGUGAUGAGUAUGGUACAGUUUGUAGUGUUUUUGUAGUGUUUGACUAAAGUAAAACAGGUGGAAGGAGACUACUUCUUUUGUCAGUGGCGUUACAGUUUGUCUCUGUGGUAUCCAUCUCACCAUGGGCCGCCUACUGAGCGAAACCACCGAAGGGGCCCUUCACUUACUACAAACGUCAGCGCUUCACAGAUGACACUAGUUUCCUGUACUAGUGGAUGACUCUUUAAUUGCCCUCACACAAAGAAGCCAUGCAGCCCCUGCUCUGUAUCAGCGCGUUUCUGUUCCUCCCUCUGGCCUUGAUGCUGGAUGAUGACUCACCACUGGACCUCGUUCCCCGCAGAUAUGUGCCCUAUCACAGCGGCAACAUUCGUCUCUUUCGCGAAGAGGGGGUGUCCAACUAUAGCGUCAUGCUGUUGCGAGAGGACAUGAAGCUGCUGCUGCUGGGUGCCAGGGAGGCGCUUUUCGCCCUUGACCUCGAGGACAUUUCCAAGAAACAAGCCUUUGUGAGAUGGGAGGUGACGCAAGAGCAAAUGGAUGACUGUCACAACAAAGGAAGAGAUCUUGAAACAGAGUGCAAGAACUAUAUCAAGAUUCUGCACAAGAUGGAGGAUAACAGGAUGUACGUGUGCGGAACCAAUGCGUUUGAUCCCGAGUGUGACUACAUGUCCUAUGCAAAUGGAGAACUCACACUGGAGAAGAGGGCCGAAGAUGGUAAAGGGAAAUGUCCUUUUAAUCCUUUCCAAAAACAUGCCUCCAUCAUGGUUGGCAAUGACUUGUACUCGGCCACUUCAAUGAACUUCCUGGGCUCGGAGUUGGUCUUAAUGCGCAGCUCUCCUCCCAUUCGAACUGAGAUAAAAACCUCCUGGCUCAAUGAGCCCAAAUUUGUCUCUCUAGCUCAGAUGCCAGAAAGCGACCAGGACAAUGAUGACAAGGUCUACUUGUUUUUCAGCGAAACGGCAGUUGAGUACGACUGCUACAAGAAACCGGUAGUGGUUUCUCGUGUAGCUCGUGUCUGCAAGGGAGACAUAGGAGGACGGAGGACCUUGCAGAGAAAGUGGACAUCCUUCCUGAAAGCCAGGCUGGAAUGUCCUGUCCUGGGCUCGCAGCUGCCCAACAUCAUCCAAAAUACAUACCGCUGGUGUGACCCGCAGCAGCACUGGAAUCACUGUUUAUUCUACGCCAUCUUCACCCCACAGUCCGACACGUCUGACCUGUCUGCAGUGUGUGCGUACAACAUAUCUGACAUCAACCGAGUGUUUGCGGAGGGGCAGUUCAAGACGCUGGUCACUGUCGAAUCCUCCUCCAUUUGGGCGCCAUACAGCGGGGAGGUCCCUGACCCUCGACCUGGAUCUUGUCAAACUCUGUCUCUGGACCUCCCGGACCAAACCCUUCACUUCAUCAAAGAUAGGCCUCUGAUGGAUGACAUUAUUCAGCCAAAAGGCGAGAAACCUCUACUAGAGAGAAGAGGAGCCGCCUUUACGAGCAUUGUGGUCAACCAAGUGCAAGCAACGGAUGGCCACGAUUACCAUGUGAUGUUCAUAGGCACAGAGGACGGCGCCCUUGUCAAAGCAGUAAACUACGACGGCGAGAUGUUCAUCAUUGAGCAAGUUCAGCUUUUCCAAUCCCGCGAGGCAGUUAAGAUCCUGCGCUUUUCCGACGUCACGAAGCGACUAUACGCGGGCUCCGACUUGGGAGUAGCGCAGGUGCCUCUCGCCACCUGUGAGAGAUCUUUGUCUUGUUUGGAUUGUAUUCUGGCAAGAGAUCCCUACUGCGGAUGGGAUACAGAUGCUGGGAGUUGCGUCGCCCUUUCCAGUACACAGAGGCAGCUAAUCCAGAGUGUGAGGGAAGGGAACAUCUCUCUCUGUCCAACAGCUGAUCCUGUCCAUGUUGUUAACCACUUUUUCUCGCCUGGUGGGAGUGUGAAACUUUUCUGCCCUUCAUCGUCAAACUUGGCAACAACCAAGUGGGAGCAAGACGGUCACCUUGUGGUUUCUUCAAGCCGCCAUCAGAUCCUACAAGACGGACUCAUCAUUCUCAACGCCUCGGACUCCGACGCCGGCCGCUACCGCUGCCUGUCGGUGGAGCGCUCCAAAAUUGACGCGUACGCCGCCACUGUGGCGGAGUAUCAGCUCAGCUUGAAAGGGGAACCGAGAGCGCCUCAAGCUCGGACGAAAGGUUCCUCUGUGGUCGGACUGCAGGUUGUCGUCGGGCUUCUGGUUGUUUCUCUGGUGGCCCUUUUGGCCUGGAAUUUUUACAAAGGCCAUCUACCUCUUCCCUGGAACUGCAGCAAAAAGAAUAGGGGAAAAUCCUACGAGUCAAAUGGGCAGGAGGAUGGAGGCCCGCUGUGAGAUGAGAUUUUGUAAGAUGCCUGUAUGUAUGCUGUCUCGGUGUGUGUUGGGUUGUAUUUCUUAAUGUUUAGUCUUGAGGCUUGAACCACUCGCCACCAUGUUUUCAUUUAAAAUGGAUCCUUGAAAACCUCAAACAGAA